CAUCUGGAUCGUUCAAUUGCAUGCUCCCACAUCUGAACAUCAUACACGGUUGUCGCAACGCGAUUAAACGCGUCAAUCGCUCAUUCUCCCCUUAUGGAAAUCGACCCCGGUGGAUGAUGGGCCGAGCUAUUGACCAUCGUUGAAUACUCGGCGCGUCGAUGCUGAUUACAGCCAAACCCCCAACCGAUCCUCUUCACUCUUCAUGAACCGCCCCGAUGCCGGCGAAUCGCCCCCGUGCGGCUUUUGAGCCCAUUCCCCCGGCAUUCGACCUCCAUCGCCUCGUGGAAGAGACCCCAAACUUCCAAUGGGUCGACCGGAUUUCAUUCGAUAGGGUGCAGGAGCAACCCGCAGAGGUAUUCGACAAGCUCAUCCUGCUCCAUGUGAUUCAAGGCGGGAAACCUCUGGUUAUAGAGGGAUUGAACGAGUCCCUGGAUGCAUGGACGUUUACGGAGCAGUGGCUACGGUCGAAUCACGGAGAUAAAGUCGAAAAUGCGCGAAACAUCACGUUGAAGGAUAAUAUCCCGCUCACGAUAGGCCAUUACCUGAAGCACAUGGGAAUUCUGACGGAACAGUUCUUCGAAAGCGCAAACAAUUACCGCGACAAAAACCGUCAACGAAUAUAUUUAAAAGACAUCGACUGUCCACCCGUAUGGGCCGAUAAGCUGAAGGACGUGAUACCUCAUAGGCUCUUCUACCUAAAUGAGAGCACGGGCGAUGUCGGCGGAGCCGGCGCGAUAGACGAAUUCUCCUCUAUCGGCGUCCGCAAAGGGAGAGGAAUUGCCACCGCCGGAGACCUGAUGAGUAGUCUCCCACCGGAGAUGAGGGCCGAAAAUCUUAUGUGCUACAUUGGACAUGAGGGGACCUACACGCCUGCCCAUCGCGAGAUGUGCGCUUCGCUCGGCCAGAAUAUCAUGGUGGAGGCGUCAGGCAAAGUUGGCGACAAUGGGAAAGCGGAAAGACCUGGGAGCUCCAUCUGGUUUAUGACCGAGACCAAAGACCGUCACACCGUCCAGGAAUAUUGGCUGUCGGUUCUUGGGCACGACAUCGAGGUGGAAACCCACUUCGCGCAGAUGAUGGCCUGGAAAAAGGCCCCCUUUCAGACCUACGUGGUCGAACAAAAGCCCGGCGACUUCAUUCUCAUCCCUCCGCUCGCGCCGCACCAAGUCUGGAAUCGAGGGACGCGCACAAUGAAGGUUGCCUGGAAUCGGACCACGGUGGAAACGCUCGAAUUGGCCUUCAAUGAAGCCUUGGUGAAUUCCAGGAUGGUUUGCCGCGACGAGCAGUACAAGAACAAGGCGAUUGUGUACUUUACCCUGCUGAAAUAUUCGCAACUCCUCCGGCGCGUGAAGACACAGAUUGAACGGAAUGAUGCGGACGCCGAGAACCUUUUUCGUUCGAAGAAGGUCAGGCAAGUCAAGAAAGACUUUGUCAAACUGUUCAAACUCUUCAAAAGCAUCGUGAUAUCGGAAAUGUUCUCCCCUAAUCGACCGACGGAGAAACCUGAAUAUAUCCAAUUUGAUGGCAAUGUCACAUGCAGCUAUUGCCGUGGAGACGUCUUCAACCGCUUCUUGACUUGCAAGACCUGUAUGGAUGUUGGCACUGGUGUUGAUGAACCCUACGACAUAUGCAUGGAAUGCUACGUCAUGGGCCGCAGCUGUAAAUGCCAGUCUGGCUACCAAUGGGUCGAGCAAUGGAAAUGGAAAGAGCUGACACAUCGCUACGAAGAGUGGCGCCGGCAAAUCAUUGAAUUUGAGGGUGGUGUUACUAGAAAUACGCCACAGAGUUUGGAAGAGGAGCGAGAGUUGUAUCACCCGCGAAAUUUGGCGGAAUUAUGCCAGGAACAACUGGAACUACGCCCGUGGGUGGACGUCAACAGUCAAGAACCGGAGCGGGUUCUGGAGGAAUUGUCGGACGAGGAGAUACCGUUUGGAGGCGAUGGUCGCGUCAAGAAGCGAGUGAACCGAAAGCCGAACCCUGGAGAUUACGAUGUGCGAUGCCACGUCUGCCUUCGCUUCCAUCCGCGCUGGAUGGUCCAGAUUUGCACUGGCUGUGAACGUCCGUGGUGCUACGGGACCCUCUGGCGGGCCCACGAUAAGAUGCCACAAGAAGUGAUGGAAGACAAGUUUUGGGAGUGUCCACAUUGCAAAAAAGAAUGCAAUGCGGGAGCUUGCCGUAAGGACCCACGACAAACGCCCUAUGAGCCAAAGGGAACGCUACUCGGUCAUGACACAAAGAAAAUUGCCGAUAUGAGAAGCGUGGAGGUCUUGGUUGACUUCUCAAAGGCAAAUCUUAAUUGGUUAGGCGAGAAGCCGGCUGGGACGCCGGGCAAUAACAUUCGACUCGAGCGGAGACGAGAAGAGGCCGAAAGAGCUAAACGGGACGAUCCGUUGCAGGACGACGAUGAUCAUGAUUUGGCCGAUGGCACACCUCAAAUCUCCUUUGAACCCGACGGAGACACACUGAUCGAUCCUCGCCUUGAAGGGACCGCGGCAAUAUCAGGGGAAAACAACGGGCUGCCAGGUGAAGGAAAUGGGAAUAGCGAUUCCUCCCUCUUCCCAGACCUUCUAAAUCCGAAAAGCAAGAAGCGGAGCCGGUUCAGUGAAGCUAAUGGCGGACUCCAGAAGAAGCGAAAAGCCGACGAAGCUGGAUCGAAUGGCGCCCCAAAGAAGAUUGCAUCGAAGCAAUAUCAGCAAGAACAGGAGAAGAAGCGCCUUGAUAAGGCUAAGAAAGAUGGCCGUUAUAUUCAGACGCUUGCGGCGAUGCGCGGCAAGAGAAAAUUAAUCAAAUUGAACCUGCAGCCGGAUAAUUUCAGAACCAAGCUGCUGGAGAUUCAAGCGGCAAAACGGAAAGGCGCGCCCAAUAAUUCCCAACCUUCGACGAAACCCCGGAAGACCACCACGCUUCUUCAGUCCGACAUUACCCAAGCGAAUGAGCUACAAUUGGGCACCCCGUUCGAUAUGCGGCCCAAGAAACCGGCGAACAUUUUCAAAGCUCGCGUGGAGGAGGACGCUGAGUAUCGAUCUAGAGCUCGACCAAAGAAAAACAAGUUGGAUGCAGUACCGUCUGCGUCAAGACCAAGGACGAGGGUUCAACAGUUCGAGGACAUCGAAGUCGACUCCGACGAGGAAAUGACUGAGGUGCUUCCGAAGAAAGACCGCCGCCGUGAGCGCCGAGGGUCAGGUGACAACGAUAUCCCGGACGAGCUUCCGGACAACUGGAAGGACGGGAUGGCCAACCCACGUCGUAAUAAGACCUCCACGAACGGAGGCGAUCGUCGUCCCACGAUGGCCCAGAAAGCGCUGAGGAUCCGACCCUCUGGCACUGGUGCGAGCGCCGAUAACAUAAACGUGGACGGUACAGCGAGCGAUACUGACUCGGUCCUGGACAGCCCAGACCGUAAACGUGGCAACGAGAGCCACCGAGCUACGGCGAAGUCAACCGGCGACCCGUCGGGCACGGCGAAUUCCAUCGCGCAGUCGGCCGCGAAGAUGCUGGGGGAAGAGAAUCGACGUGUCAAGCUGCUUGCCGCGCGUUGGGCCGAAGGGGAAGAUGUGACCAUGAACGACAGUCCCGACGCCGCAAGCGUGGGCGCUCCUGGUCCGACGAUGAAAAAGACGCGAAAGUCGGGGAGACCACGGGCGGGCCCGGCGAGUAAAGUCAAGCAGAGCGUGCCGGCCAAAGGGCGGACUGUCACAGAGACUACGAUUGAAAUCUCGAGCGGCGAGAGUAGCGAUGAUAGCAGCGAGAAUGAGAUCCCGUCGGGACUGGCGACGCCGAAUGGCCGGGUGGCAUCUUCAAAGGUUGUCGAUGUAUGGGUUAAGCGGCUCUGA